AUGAAAGUGAUUACCGUCAAUUUUCUGACAUGCGCUGUGAAGGCCUGUCGGGUUUCACCAGCAUCCACCCCGCUUCAUUUCAAAGAUGCAGAGCUAGAACAACAAGAACUCGAUUUCAACCCCAGCUUGAUCCGAAAUAUCCUGCCACGAAUUGAUUGGGAUUCGCUGAGAAUAACGGCUCAAGAACUCGGAUUCCCCGAUAUAUCGAACAUCAAGCCCAACGAUGACCAGAUCGACGAAAAUAUGCUACGAGAUCUACACAAAUUACUCAUGGAAACCCACGUGAUCGAAGGAAAGCUCUGCUGUGCAAACUGCGGUCAUGAAUAUCAAAUUAAAGAAGGAAUCGCCAACUUUCUGCUCCCCAGUCACUUAGUCUAA